AUGAGCGCUGAUACGCAAACUGUUUCUGCGAAUAAUGAUGACAACUGGAAGACCGCGCUUGUGUUGCCGCCGAAAGAUCGACGAUUCAAGACUGCUGAUGUCACCGACACAAAAGGAGUGGAAUUUGAGGAUUUCUGCUUGAGCCGAGACCUUCUUAUGGGUAUUUUCGAGAAAGGAUGGGAGAAGCCAAGUCCAAUCCAAGAGGCAUCAAUCGGUGUCGCUCUUUCUGGACAAGACAUUCUCGCCAGAGCUAAAAACGGAACAGGAAAAACUGGAGCAUACUGCAUUCCAGUUAUUGAGAAAAUCCAGCCUGCCUUGAAAGCGAUCCAAGCUCUAAUCAUCGUCCCAACUCGUGAAUUGGCUCUUCAAACUUCUCAAAUCUGCGUUGAACUCUCAAAGCAUGUCGGGCUUAAGGUUAUGGUUACCACCGGUGGAACUGAUCUUCGUGACGAUAUAAUGCGAUUGAACGGAACUGUUCAUUUAGUUAUUGCCACUCCAGGAAGAAUUUUGGACUUGAUGGAGAAAGGAGUUGCAAAGAUGGAUGAUUGCAAAACUUUGGUCCUCGACGAAGCUGACAAAUUGCUCAGUCAAGAUUUCCAGGGUAUUCUUGAUCGAUUGAUCCACUUCUUGCCAAAGGAACGCCAAGUAAUGCUCUACUCUGCUACAUUCCCACAUACGGUUACUGCGUUCAUGCAAAAGCAUAUGCAUAAGCCAUACGAAAUCAACCUCAUGGAGGAACUUACUCUUCUUGGUGUUACUCAGUACUACGCGUUUGUUCAGGAAAAACAGAAAGUGCACUGCCUAAACACCUUGUUCCGCAAGCUUCAAAUCAACCAAUCGAUCAUCUUCUGCAACUCGACGCAACGCGUUGAGCUUCUUGCCAAGAAGAUCACCGAAAUCGGAUAUUCCUGCUAUUACAUUCAUUCCAAGAUGGCUCAAAACCACAGAAACCGUGUUUUCCAUGACUUCCGUCAAGGAAACUGUCGCAAUCUUGUUUGCUCUGAUCUUCUCACCCGUGGUAUUGACAUCCAAGCCGUUAACGUUGUUAUCAACUUUGAUUUCCCGAGAAACGCUGAAACUUAUUUGCAUAGAAUUGGUCGUUCCGGACGUUUCGGUCAUCUCGGAGUUGCUAUCAACCUCAUCACUUACGAGGACCGUCAUACUCUUCGUCGCAUCGAACAAGAGCUUCGCACUCGCAUUGAACCCAUUCCAAAGACUGUUGACCCAAAAUUGUACGUUGCCGAUCAACAAUUGGUCGACGGCGAGAGCGAGAAUUCCGCUUAA